CUUUGAGCGUUACAGUUGUCAACAUUGAUUUGCGUAUUCUGAUUCUCAUUUGUAUGUAUAAAUGGCGCUCGAUGAAUAAUUUUUAAUUUUUCAAACGUUUAAAGACGUCCAUGCCGGGUUGAUUGAAUAUUUUUUAAGGGUGUUUAUUAUUUUUUUAAUUAUGUGGAAAAAAUUACCAUGUUCGAAGUCUGAACUACAAUUGUUAUACACACUUACAGGAGGGCAGUGCUUCAGAUGGAAGUCAUCAGGUGAGAACGAAUGGACCGGUGUGUUUGGUCACGCCGUGUGGACGCUGUCGCAAGACGACACGCACGUACUGUACAGGGUCACCUCGCCAGCCGACAGAGCGGAGGACCCAGGGGUCGGUGAAGGUGCUGACGCGAGUGGAGGUUGCACACGCCACUUGCAAGACGACACGCAGAAGGCACAGCUGCUGAGGAAGUAUUUCCGGUUGGACGAGUCGUUGCAGGAACUCUACUGCAAGUGGUCUCAGCAGGACCCUCACUUCAAGCAAGCAGCUGUUAAGUUUCAAGGAGUGAGAAUCCUUGCUCAAGAUCCCGUAGAAAACUUGUUUUCGUUUAUAUGUUCCUCUAACAACAACAUAUCAAGAAUAUCGUCAAUGGUUGAAAAACUGUGCGUGUUGUACGGGGAGAAGAUUGCAACUGUAGGCGACACAGUGUACCACGCCUUCCCGGUGGUUUCAGCCCUUGCGAGCACCGGCGUGGAGAAGGCGUUGCGCAAUGCUGGAUUCGGCUACAGAGCCAAGUUCAUCCACCAGUCUGCUUGCAAGAUCGAGGAAAUGGGCGGCGAUGCUUGGUUGGGGAAGCUGCAAGAGUUGCCGUACGUCGAGGCCAAGGCGGAACUGAUGAAGCUUCCUGGCAUUGGAGCAAAGGUGGCUGACUGUAUUUGUCUGAUGUCCCUGAACCAUCUCGAGUCUAUCCCAGUUGACACGCACAUAUUCCAAGUGGCCUCGCAGCGGUAUAUGCCGCACCUCAAGAAGUACAAGUCGGUAACUGCGAAGGUUUACGAUGAGAUCGGGGACUACUUCAGAGACCUGUACGGGGUGUAUGCUGGGUGGGCUCACACAAUUCUAUUUUGUGCAGACCUCAAAAUGUUUCAGCAGGAUACCCUUUCUACAAAAAGUGCUGGCUCAGUUGUCAUCAAUGAUAAGAACAAACGCCGAAAAACUGCUGCAUGAUAAAUUACUUGAGGACACAGAAGUUCAAAACCUGGAUCUCAGUGAAAUUUGCGAUUGCAUGUUAAGUAAUUUGUAUGUUUCUAAGACAGCAAAAAAUCAAUUUUUGUAAUGGUUUAUAUGUAAGUUAGAUAUGAAUCUAGUUUUUAAUAUUUUUUAUAUUCUCAUGUGUGAUUUUAAAAUAAUGUUACCUAUAAUUACCAGUUAUCUCUAUUUAAAAAUGCAUGAUAGUGAUUUUAGAUCAUAGGACAUAGUGAGCGAUGUUCCAUAAUGUGAAGGUACCAAAUUAACUGGUUGUACUCAGUUCAUGGCUGGUUUCAUUUGUUACGAAUAAAAAUUUCAGUUCUUACAA